GACGCGGAGCUCAAUAAAUAAAUAAAUAAACAAACAAAUAAGAACAUCCCGCAGACAGGCAGAAGGAUGACAAGAGCAACAGCCGUACCCAGACUCAAGCAAUGGCGUGGCAAAGUACUGCAGCAGGCAGCAGGCAGCACGGCAAGGCCGCAGCAUAUCCGUAGCAACGCUGCAGUACUUUCGUCACUUCUCACCGAAAACCAAUCGCCCUCCUCCCCACGCCUGUGGACCCAAAAAAAAUCAAUUCGAUUUUCUCUCUUCCGUUCUCCCCACACAAGAAUUGACCUCCGUUUUAUUGCCGCUCAUCUCAAUCUAAUCUCUCUCUCUAGCUCCCCCAAUCGCCAGAUCACAGAGAGAGGGGAAGAGCGUGAGGAGGGACGAGAAAGCCAAGCUGUAUAGCGAGAAAGCUCAGUUGAGUUCUGUUCUGCUUUUGUCUUCCUCUCUCGCUGGAUCUACUACUCCCACCACUGCCUCUGCCUCGGCCUCGUUGCUGCUGGCUGCGUGCGUGACUGCGUGCCUUUGCCCAAAGCAAGCCUGCCUGCUCGGUGGCUCGCUUCGGUUGCAGCUGCAGUGACCUCACCCUGCCUCUAUGCUUGCUCUCCCACCAUGUGGUGGUGGUCUUCGCGCUCCAACUAACCCCCACCAGCAGCGCAUCACACCACCGCAUCGCACCGCGAUGCCAACCCUGGUGGCGUCACGCGGCCCGGCGGCUUCUUCCGCGCGCCGCAUUGCAAUGCCGCCACCGCCGCUGGACGGACCCGUGAAGGAGUACUAGCUAGCUAGCUAGCCCAGCGGCAGCGGGCGAGGCGAAGGGAGCGGAGGUCGUUCUUGCAGACAUGUUCAAGUCGCGGUGGCGCGGCGGCAGGGCCAAGGCCGUGUUCAAGCUGCAGUUCCACGCCACGCAGGUGCCCGAGCUGGGAUGGGAGGCGAUGGUGGUGGUGGUGACGCCGCAGGACGCUGGCCGGCCGACGGCGCGGUCGGAGCCCGCGGAGGUCACCGAUGGCGCGUGCCGGUGGGCGGCCCCUGUCAUGGAGGCCACCAAGCUCCCCACCGGCAAGGACAAGAUCUACCAGUUCCUCGUCUAUGAGACCGGGUCGAGCAAGGCGGCGCUGCUGGGGGAGGCCACGGUGAACCUGGCGGAGUACGCCGACGCGUUGAAGCCGUCGGUGGUGACGCUCCCGCUCAAGGGCAGCCCCGGUGCGCUGCUGCACGUGACCAUCCAGCGGGUGGUGGGUGGCGCCGGUGGGUGCGGAGACGACGCGAGCGGCGAGAACGGCGACGCUCUGCCAGCGGUGGCGAAGACGCCAAAGAGGAGGACGACGCUGCAGAGCCAGCUGAGCAAGUUUGAGGACGAGGACAGCGAGAAGGCAAGAGCAGCCGCGGAUGCGAUGAGUCCUGUGCAAGAUGGAUUGUUGAUAAGAAAACCGCCAGACAUGAGGUUUCCAUCAAGAAGAAAUGUGCCUAUGUCUGCUGAUCCAGUGGGCCAUCUCCACAAUGGCAGCAGUUUCGAUGCCGUCUCAGUGUCGGGUUCAGAUGGAAGUUCUGGGCGAUAUACCCCCAAAAUUAGCGCAAGCACACACAACUCAUUUCUUCAGGAUAGUAGCAAUGCUCUCUCGCCAUUUGCCAACAAUCGCACCGUGAGGAACCCAUUGACCAGUUCUGGUGACUGGUCAGGAAGCUCAGCUCCUGAUGCUAGUACGGAUGGGUCAACAAGCAAUUCUGGUGAGGCAGGGUUAAGAGGGGAAGAGGAUGAUGUAGAUAAGCUAAGAAGUGAGAUAGCCACUUUAACCAGGAAAGUGGAUGUUUCAGAUAUGGAGUUGCAGACUCUCCGAAAGCAAAUUGUGAAGGAGAGUCGGCGUGGGCAAGAUCUCUUCAAGGAGAUGAGUAGCCUGAGGGAGGAGAGGGAUGCACUCAGAAGAGAAUGUGAAAGACUCAGAGGGGCAAAGAAUAUGAUCCAUGAUUCAAAUGGCUCAGAGAAACGGCUCUCAGAUGGGGAUGACCCAUGGUCACAGAUUGAAGAACUGAAGCAAGAUCUGAGUCAUGAGAAGAAUCUAAAUUCAGAUCUUCGUCUGCAACUUCAAAAGAUGAAGGAAUCCAACUCUGAGCUGCUUCUGGCUGUGAAAGAUCUUGAUGAGUCGUUGGAUAAAAAAAACAGAGAGAUUUCCAUUUUGCAAGAGGAUACACAGGAGGAUCAGCAGGAGGCAGAAUAUGAGCAUGCGCUGUCAAAUGUGCACAACUCUGGACAGAAAUUAGCCUUAUCUGAAACGAGUUCAUACCAAGAGAAGGAAGAUGAGCUUAUGCUGGAUGCACUGGCAAAGAAGCGUGAUGACAUCUCUACCUCUGAGCUUGAAAAGAAAGUCCUUGAGUUGAGCAAUGAAAUCGAGUUGUACAAGAAAGACCGUGAGGAUAUCGAGAUGCAAAUGGAGCAACUUGCACUUGAUUAUGAGAUUCUAAAGCAAGAGAACCAUGACGUGUCUUCGAGGCUGGAGCAAGCACAACUGAGGGAGCAGCUAAGGAUGCAAUAUGAGUGUUCGGCUCAUUUAGCUAUUAUAAGUGAUCUUGAGGCCAAUGUUGAGAGCUUGGAUAAUGAGCUCCAGACACAGGCUAAAAAGUUUGAAGCUGACAUAGCAGAAAUAACGAGCGCAAAGGUGGAACAAGAGCAGCGGGCCAUUAAGGCUGAGGAUUCUCUGAGGAAGAUAAGAUGGAACAAUGCAGCUACUGCAGAACGACUUCAGGAGGAAUUCAAGGUGUUGUCUUCACAGGUAUCUUCCGCUUUCAGUGCGAAUGAACGACACCUUGUGCAAGCAAGGAAAGAGGUCGCGGAGCUGCAGUUGCAGAAGAGCCAGUUAGAAGAGUUGCUGCAGAAGGCCCAAGGAGAUCUUGGAUCAGUUCAGGAUCAGCACCGGGCGAAGGUCCAACAGUUAAUAACCCUAGUGGAUUUCAAGUCAAAGGAGAUAGACAGGCUACUGACGGAGCUCAAAAGCAAGAGUGACGAGUUCCAUGACCAAAAAAGAUGCGAUGAAGCAAGGCUGAAUGCUCUGUCAGAAGAAAUGGACCUACUCAAUGCCAAGAUCGACGAGCUAUCCAGCGAGAGAAACGACCUCUCUGAAAAGAACGCGCAGAAAGACAAGGAACUGGCCGGAAUCAGUGAAAAGGACAUGCAGUUGCAAGACAAGACUGCUGAGAUCACUUCACUAAAUAAGGAGCUUGUAUCUCUCAAAGACCAAGUGAAGACGCAUCUGGACGAACUGCACGAUUUAAAAUGUCUGAAGGACAGGAAGGAGGAGACAAUUGGAAAACUGCAAAUAGAUAUUGGGUCACUGAAACUCCAGUGCGACAACUUGAAGACUUCGCUGUCCAAGAAGGAGUCCGAGAAAGAUAACCUUGCCUCUCAGGUGCUGGAGCUGAGAAGAUCCCUUGAGACCCGGGAAGAAGGGGCAAAGGCAAAUGGCCAAAAUUCAGACGCGAAGAACAAUCCGCAUACUAAUAAUAAGCGCAUGAAGCACAAUACCGGCUCCACCGGGAGCAUUGCUGCACUGCCAGGCACCAACGGACAGGGUGAAGACGAUGGUGACUGCAAUGGGCAUGACAUGAGGAACGCCGCAGCGGACGGGGCAGCGAAGGAGCUGGCCUCGCUGAAGGAGAGCAGCAAGGCGGUGGAGGAGGAGCUGAAGGAGCUGCACGAGCGGUACUCGGCGAUUAGCCUGAGGCUCGCGGAAGUGGAGGGCGAGCGGCAGCAGCUCGUGAUGACCGUUCGGUCGCUGAAGAACUCCUCCUUGCGGUGACUGAUGCAUCUCCACCCAAAUUGCUGUAGCUAAAAGGAUUUAGACGAUAGGUUUGUCCGUGACGUGGUUUUGUCCGUCAGAGUUACAGUACACAGCAUGUAGAUCUCGUCACAGUAAAAUGUGCAGUAAUAUAGCCAUAAGUUGUAAUAGUUGUCUUACCCUCUCUACAGUGUCAGUGUGUCGUGCUGUAUAAUUUCCGUGGCGUCAUUGUGUUGUGAAGUAAGGAAAAUGAGAAGGAAAAGAGUGGUCUUUCAGUUUAAUCUCA